AUGUCUAGCCGUCCUACUGUCCGUUGGGGUAUAAUCACGACCGGCCUGAUCGCCUCAUGGUUCGUAGAGGAUCUUUUUCUCCAAAGAGAAUAUGCUAAAGUGGAACACGUCGUUCAAUCCAUUGGCACAUCUAACGCCGAAAGAGGUCAAGACUUCGUGAAAACAUACUGCCAAGGAAAACCCCCACGAGUUUAUGACACAUACGAGGAAGUCUAUCGCGAUCCAAAUGUGGACAUUGUCUACAUUGGUACUCCCCACGGAUUUCAUUUCCGGGAUUGCAUGCAAGCCAUUUCCGCGGGCAAGAACGUUUUGUGUGAGAAAUCAUUCACAUUGAACGCAAAGCAAUCAAGAGAGAUCUUUGCAGCCGCCCGCGAAAAGCAUGUAUAUGUCGCCGAAGCCAUGUGGCUCCGUCAUCGACCGAUUUUCAUCGAGCUCCAGCGACUCCUUCAUGAAGAAAAGAUCAUUGGAGAUGUCUUCCGUGUCUUUUGUGACUUUGCCUCGGGUGUGGACAUUGCCUCGCUUCCAAGUACCUCACGAUACCGUGAUCUUACACUCGGUGCGGGGUCUUUGUUGGACAUUGGUGUUUAUUCGCUUACCUGGGCCAGAAUGGCACUCGGGGGUAAGAUACCUGAUCAGUCGGAAAUGCCACGAAUCUUGGCUGCACAGACUCAUGAAGAAGGCGUUGAGAUUAAUACCAGUACCAUCUUACAGUAUGCCUCAACAGGGCGGCAGGGCAUUGUUACUUCGACUACGAAAGCACUUGGUGCUCCCGGUGAAGUCUUUGCUGUUGUCCAUGGUACCAAUGGGUAUGUUGAGAUUGAGGGGAGAACGCCAUCUGCGCCUGAAUCUUUCACUGUAUGGUCAAAGCAAGAAGGAAAUCCGGAUCGUGCGUUUUUCCCGAGGGAAGCUUGUCAAGGGAAGAAGUAUGAGUUUGCAACCCUUGGACGGGGCUUUGUCCACGAGGCGGAGAACACGGCACUUGACAUUAUUGAAGGGCGUAAGGAAAGCAGAAUCAUGCCAUGGGCGGAGACUCUCUAUAUAAUGGAUAUAAUGGACGAGAUCCGACGGCAGGGCAAGACGGUCUAUCCGAGCGAAUGA